ACAACGUCCACCAAAGAAGGCACCAUGGUGAAACAGAGCAUACCCAACAAGAAGAUGAAAAACUCCAUCCCAAAAGAACUUCCAUCCCAAAUCAUCCUCGAAAUCCUCUCAAGACUCCCCAUCAAAACCCUCUUCCAUUGCCAACUCGUUUCCAAACACUGGCCUUCUUUCAUCUCAGACCCUCACUUCGUCAAUCUCCACCUCUCAAGAUCACCAGUCAGCCUCUUGCUCAAACCCUUCUACCGCAACCGCGGAUCGAACCAACUCCACUUGGUUGACCUCCAAACCCUCCAUAAAAUCCGUCACCGCGAAGCCCAAUUGAAACUCAACCCCAAAAUUAACUUCCCACUUCUUGGACGCCAAAUAGUUAACUCCUGCAAUGGUUUGCUUUGCUUGUGUAAUGAUAAUUCUGAAAUUUUCGUAUGCAAUCCAAUUCUGGGUGACUACAUUACCUUACCAUCUUCAAUAUAUGAUCGAAUUUACUAUGAUCGUACCAUCAAUGCUUUCGGUUUUAGUCCCAAGACUAACAAAUACAAGGUGAUACAGUUUGGUCUUCAACGGGUUGUCGAGUCUUUUGAUCCCAUUAUUGAGUUUUGUACUUAUCGUGAUGAGGCAAAGGCUAAGAUUUACACAAUCGGUGAAGGGUUGUGGAGAAACGUAGAGAGUGUUCCUUACUAUUUGACAAAUCGCUCAUUCAAUUCUUUCGUGAAUGGAGCUGUUCAUUGGCUUAAUUGUGCAGGUGAUAGUCCCGACUUCAUUUGUUGUUUUGAUUUUUGCAGCGAACAAUUUCAGGUUGUCCCUGAACCUCCUGAGUUUGGUCUGCAUAAGGAGUUUCCUGAUCAUACUCGACUGGGUGUGCUACGAGAUUGUCUCUCCACUUGUGAUUUUUUUAGUCCUCUUCGUAUUGAUAUAUGGUUAAUGAAAGAUUAUGGGAUCAAGGAAUCUUGGAGCAAAGAGUUGGUAAUUGAAAGUGGAAUUGGUAAGAGCGGGAAUUGGGGCUCUUAUGAGCCAAUUAUGGUGCUAAAGGGUGGGGAAAUCUUGAUGCUUAUUAACAAGGAUGUUCUCAUGUUGUAUAAUCCUAAGUUGGGUAGUUUUAAGAACCUAAAUAUUUAUGGGAUCAAAUCAGAAUUUUAUGGGAUUGCUCAUAUUCCAAGCUUUGUUUCCCUCAAGGAUGUUGCCAAAGGUGAAAGCUUGAUGGAGAGGAAAAUUCAGAAGCAGAGGACAAGUGAUGCCUCCAGGAUAUCCCAUUGAUGGAGGAACUGUAUGAUGCAGUGCGGAGACAGAGGAAUGAGUUGACAAUAAAGCAUACAAUCAUAGUGGGGAAUUCACAGGUCUGGGAAGAGGACUGUCUUGAGAAGUUGAAGAUGCUCCCUGGGGUUACACAAGGAGAUCCAUUGUACUUUGUUUGGCACGGAACUAAUCAAGAAUCCCUUCAAAAGGGAGGUGUUUGUGGAGUUGCCUAAUGACGAGUUUCGGGUAGCCUGGAUCAAGAUGGAGAAGAUAAUGACUUAUGGCCAAACACUGCCUCAUCUCUUGUCCAGCACAUUACCCUGGUUAUAACACUCCCCCUUCUGGUAGUGUUUGAUUUUGUGGUGGUGGUUGUAUAACUUGCAUUAUGGUGGUUGCAUAACUUGUAUUAUGUGUUUUGUAGACAGUUCCUUUUAUUAUUGUAUUGUAAGUUAAUGGAUGUUUGCUUCUUAAAAUUACUGUGGAUGCUAUUUGCUAUUUUGUGUGGUUUUUGUAAUAGCUAAGAAGACUUUAUGCAUA